AUGCAUACAUGCUCGGCUUAUCAACAUCGCACUCCGUAUGCUUCUUCCGGCUCACCACUCAGAGGAUAUCACUCACUGCCACGACAUGAUGAUAAUGUAUUCCCCACUUACUCAGCAGUUCGAGGACUAACACCCAGGUGUCGCCGUCUGUCAGCGGCCGCAGCUGACUGCCGACUGAGAAGCAGUGGUAGUGAUGGAAGAAAAUCGCCUUCAUUCGCUUCCGGGUCGCCCGAUGGUGCUUCACACAUGGAUUGUUCACUGGAAUACCUAGCAGAUCUUGUAAAGGAAAAGAAGGAUCUCGAGAUGUUCGUGGAUAACUUCCAACACGUUGAACGUCUCCUCAACGAGGAGAUUUCAAGAGUGCGCGGAGCACUAUUCCAAACAGAGUUCGUCACUGAACCUUUCGAUUUGCCAGAACCUAUUGGAGAUGUGGUCACUAUCACUGAGAAAAUCUACGUUCCUAAGAGAGAAUAUCCUGACUAUAACUUCGUCGGACGGAUUCUCGGACCGCGUGGUAUGACUGCCAAACAGCUGGAGCAGGAAACUGGCUGCAAAAUCAUGGUUAGAGGCAAAGGAUCAAUGCGUGAUAAAAGAAAGGAGGAAGCAAAUCGAGGUAAACCGAAUUGGGAACACUUGGACGACGAGCUGCAUGUGCUCUUACAGUGCGAAGAUACCGAAAACAGGGCGAGGAUAAAGUUGCGCGCGGCUAUGGACCACGUGAAGAAGCUUCUCGUUCCGGCGCCCGAAGGAACAGAUGAACUCAAAAGGAAGCAACUCAUGGAGUUAGCCAUUAUAAAUGGAACAUAUAGACCUUUUCACAAAUCUGGAUUAUCAAACUCGAAUCGAAUUAUAACCCCUGUACCACUUGUCUCUCCAAUCCGCGCUCCUAUUUUCGUUUCACCAACAAGCAGCCCUAACAACGGAAUGGUACAGAAGCCUUCAAAUCCAGGAUAUAUUGGAACAAACUCACAGCAGCCGUUUGACUAUUCUUCAUUCAUGAAUUCGAACUUCCUUGAGUCAGCACUGGCAUCUUUCCAAAUUGCUAACGAGCUGCACCUUCCCACAUUUCCAACAGCUACCUCAUUAGUGAACUCCUUCCCAUCGCUUUUUAUGAACACAUCUGCAAAUUCUGUCACAACACAAGAUACGUCCACUUCAGCUACAGCUCUCAGCCCAACGAAGUGUUUUUGA